AUGAUCGCCGGCGCCAUCUUGCCAGUGGAGGACGUUUCGGGAACAUUUGCCAGUCUGGGAUUCUUCAUUAUCACCGUAGUUGUUGCCUGUCUGAUUAAUAUAAAAAUUACCUUCCUGCUUUUCUUCGUUGUCCUACGACGCAACCCCUUCAAAUUCUUCCUUUACUGCCUCAAAGCCUGGUUCGUGACCGUUGCGACAACUGCCCCCAUUGUCUCUAUCCUGGAAAUGUAUCAGGGCUGUGAUGACUACGGGGUGGACAAGGAUAUAUCGAGGUUAACUUGUCCGUUGUUCACCACUGUGAUGUCUGACGGGCCGGCAAUUUUCAUCGCCAGCUCUGCCAUGUUUAUUACUCAGCUCAAUUUAGGAUCAGUGUCGGUUGGCACCGCAAUCCUAAUCUGGUUGCUGACCUCGGCAGCAAUUUUCGCAAUCCCACAGGUUCCAAGUGCCAGUACAGUCAUUACAAUCGGCAUUCUCUCUUCACUCGGUGUACCGACUGAGGCUGCCUCCCUACUCUACGCAGUAGACUGGUUUCUGUAA